UUCCCCCGCAGUGUCUUGGGAAUUAGGAACGGACUGUUACAUCCCGAUUUUAAAUACCUACACAGUACCUACCCAGGAUACUUUGGUAAGUAUUGGUAUCUCCCUAACGAAGGUAAGCACGAAGUCAUAAUCAAAAACUAUCCGAGUGAGCUAUGAUUACAUAGGAAAUGAAGCACAAAACGUAUCACAAUGACUGAUAAUCAUUACACUAUUCAAAAGGAAGCUUCGCGCAUUUUCCAUUCUGUCUUACUCAAAGAUGCGCGCCUACAAAUUCCUUCUGCGGUGAAGGAUGCAGCGGAACGUACCUCAUUCGACAACUCGGCCCUGACGACGCCCUUCUUACCAGCACCAGUGAAAUGUACCGAGUCCAGUACUGCGUUAUGGGCGCUCCUUGCCACCUUUGGAAACACCAUCGCCUCCGAACGUUACGGAUUGGUCGAGCAAAAGGUCGUCGUCAAUAGUGAUGUCGCCUCCAUCUUUCUCUUUUCAUUUCUGUUACUUCGAGUCGGUGGUAAGCCUAUUUCGGAUCCCGAGCUCGUGAAGAGGUAUUCGAUCUAUGAUACUACCCGCCAGUUCACACACUGGCGCAGGUUGGUCACGAACGUCUACCCGACACGUGAUGGUCGCUGGUUUCAUCUACAUGGUGGCUUGAAUUCGGAUAGAAGCCUGCGAAUGUUAGGCCUUCCAUUGCAUCGGGAUGUGGCUGACGAGAUGGAUGCCAUUGAUGGACUCUCUGAAGGGGCACAGAAGUUUGAUGCAGAGUGGUUGGAUAUUGAAGCGAACGAAUAUUGGAGACAAGCAGGGGGGAUUUGCCUCACACCCGAAGAAUACAAGGAGAGCGAGCAAGGCAAAGCCGUGGCAGACGACGGGCUAUAUACCUUGGAGGAAUUUACUAGCGAGAAGUUGCCGCCAGUUCCGUGGCCAAGGGUUAAUACGGAAACGUAUAGGCCCCUAGAAGGCAUCAAGAUUGUGGAUCUAACCCGAGCGAUCGCUGGUCCUACGAUUGCAAAGCUCGCUGCGCUAUUCGGUGCCACCGUCGUCAGAGUUUCUAAUACGAAACUGCCGGAUUUAGGCAUCGUGCUAUUCGAGAGUAACCUUGGCAAGCGGGAUGCGCACCUCGACCUGAAAACCGAGGAAGGACGGAGCGCGGUAUUGGAUUUGAUCAAAGACGCAGAUGUCGUAUUGGAUGGUUACCGUCCGGGCGUUUUGGAGAAGCUGGGGUUUGGUCCGACCUACGUACUUGAGAUGGCAAAGAGAAGGGGGAAAGGUAUAGUAUAUGCUCGAGAGAACUGCUACGGCUGGAAAGGCCCAUGGAAGCAUCGCAGCGGGUGGCAGCAGAUCAGCGAUGCGGUGACAGGAAUAGCCUGGUUGUUCGCUCGUAUGUGGGACAUGGACGAGCCCGUGAUGCCAUUCUUACCAAAUUCCGACUUCCAAACCGGAAUCGUAGGGUGCAUAGGUAUCAUGAACGCGCUGUACCAACGGUCGAAAAAAGGGGGCAACUAUCUCGUCUCUAUGUCUCUGAACCAGCUGAACAGUUUCUUGAUGUCUCUCGGAACGCAAAGCCCAGAGGUACAGCAGUCAUUGCGCGAAAUGUGGCCGAAUAUGAAAUUCAGACAUUAUGAUGAUCUACAUAGGCAAAUGAGAGUUUUAACCAGUACCCUGCCAAGAGUGGCACCACAAGUAGUAGAUCCAAGGUACUUCAGAACCAUCAAGGCUCACCUUGGCGUGCCUGACGAGGAGAUGGUAUUUGUUGGGCCAGCAGCAACGUACGAGACGACAAAGCUGGAAUACGAUUCUGGCAGUUGCUUGAGAGGAACACACGAGUCAAAGUGGCCAGGCGAAAAAUAGCGGCACGUCUGGUAGAUAGAUGACUAGGUAUCUUGUAUUGACAGCAAGUGUGACAGGAUAAUCUCUAGGAAAGUCUAGA